CCUCAUCCCGCGCGCGCCCCCUCAAUUUCCCCGUUUCAAUCGAUCAUCCAUCCAUCAAUCCUUUCCCAAGAGUCCAGCCAGCCCAGCCCAUCAUGACCAAAUCGCAGUUCGAAGUCCGGGAAAUUCACACCAAAGAGGAAUAUGCCCGUCUAGUCGACGUCCUCUGGUCGGCCAACUUCAACCCUUACAACCCAGUAUUCACCGCCGUCCACCCCGUAAGCGGCCACACCGCAGAAGACCGCGUAAAAGACAAAGCCCUCGACACGAAAAUCCGCUGGGCCGCCCAUGAGAAGAAUCCUGCCUCCCAUCUCAUCUAUGUGAUUGAUACCGAAACCGGUCGCGUCGCCGGCGGCUGCGAAUGGCUCAUCUUUCACAAGAACCCCUUUCCCAAUGGCCCUCAACCGCUGUCGUGUACUUGGUACCCGGAGGGUUCGGAACGCGCGGAGUAUGCUAGUCGCAUGCUCAGUCAGGCUUUCUUUCCGAGACAGUGUUGGUUGCAGAGGCCUCAUGCUGGCGUAAAUGCCAUGGGUGUCCACCCCGAUUACCGCCGUCGAGGCGUAGGACGACUCCUCAUGCAAUGGGGCCACGAGAGGAUCGAUCCCCUAGGAUACGAGAGCUGGAUCGAGGGCAGUCCCAUCGGUCGCUGGUUGUAUGAAGAGAGCGGAUACAAGCGUGUCAUCAGUCUGAACAUCGACUUUGCGAAGAAGAAUCCCAGUGAUGAGUGGAACAGGCUGGUGCAUGAAUGCCAACCGCCCGCGAUUCUCUUGCUUUGGCGCCCCCCGCGCGGUGAGUGGAAUGAUAAGGUGCCUCCGGGUCCGUGGGCGGUUACCGAGGAUACCUGGAAAUAGGUUCGUCGGUUCGUCAAGAGUGUUGCGAUCUUAGAUGUAGAAUAGAUGAGAUGAUGUUGAUGAUUGACGUGAUGAUGGAAUAAAGACAAGAC